AGCCCCCUUUUCCCCACUGCCUUAUACACCAAGGGUAGGGGGUGUGCAAGGCGCUGUCAAAUACAUGCUUAAGACUUCUUAUUGAUAUAAUAUACUGACGCUUUAUUGUUAAGUUUCACCUCUACGUGAAUCUUAUUUUCCACCGACAUAUUUUUUCAUCCACGAACAAACAACCAUCUACUGAGAAAGAUGAUUGACACAGUGACAGGAUCCGGGCCAGCGCCCUUUGCAGUCCAGCUGAAGGCUCUGCUGGACAAGGAGGCCCGCUACCAGCCCAAGCUGAGCGGCCUGCGGCUCAUGGAAGGGGCCAGCGACAACGGUCUCAGGAUGACCGCCCGACUACGGGAGUUUGAAGUGAAGGACCUCCUCUCCCUGACCCGGUUCUUUGGGUUCUGCUCGGAGACCUUCUCCCUGGCCGUCAGCCUGCUGGAUCGCUUCCUAUCGAUCAUGAAGAUCCAGCCCAAGCACCUGUCCUGUGUUGGACUCUGCUGCUUCUACAUCGCCGUCAAGUCCUCGGAGGAGGAGAGGAACGUGCCGCUGCCCAACGACCUGAUCCGCAUCACGCAGAACCGCUUCACAGUGUCGGACAUGAUGCGCAUGGAGAGGAUCAUCAUGGAGAAGCUGUACUGGAAGGUCAAGGCGCCCACGUCCCUGCACUUCCUCCGCCUCCUCCACGGCCAGGUCCAAUCACAGCUCAGCACGGACGGCAGGAAGAUCCUCAGCCUGGACCGACUGGAGGCCCAGCUCAAAGCCUGUCACUGCUCCUUUGUCUUCUCUAAAAUAAAGCCGUCUCUGCUGGCUCUGGCCCUGUUGCGUCUAGAGGCUGAAGAGCAACACGAUCAACAACAUGUGGAGGCCAUAGGCGAGGCUCUGCAGGGUCUGCAGCAACAACUGAAUAUCAGAGAUGGCGACCUGGUUUGUGUGAGGGAGCUGGCGGGGAAGUGCCUAGCUGAGUACGCCACCACCAAGUGCUCCAAGCCCAACAGCCAGAGGCUGCGGUGGAUCAUCUCCGGGAGAACGCAGCGGCAGCUGAAGCCCAGCUACUACAAGAUCGCUCAUCUCCCCACCAUCCCCGAAACCGUAUGCUAAGGCCUCGGGACGCCGCGGUGGGCGACCGAGACCGUAUGCUAAGGCCUCGGACGCCACGGUGGGCGACCGAGACCGUAUGCUAAGGCCUCGGGACGCCGCGGUGGGCGACCUCCUAAUUAGACUAACUAGAGAAAAUGGUUGAAAUAUUACCUGUGACAUGGUCGCCCACCGUCCCGCUUUCCCUUACAGAACUUCAUUAUUGAUGAUGCAGUUCUUUAAGGGAAACUCUGUCUGUUUUUGUGAAGCAACGCAGUACGACUUGAUGUGAAACUCAUUCAUUACCAUCUAGUGAGGUUUUUCUUUGGCGGAUUUGAAACGCUUCCACAAGUGUACAGUAUGUUAUCGUUUGAAUCUGUGCUGAGAUACUUGGUUAUUCUCGGGAACAGGUUGCUGGUUUUUAAGCAAUAAAGUAUAGAACCGCCUAGGUCCUCAGUCCACCAUGUGGAAGAGGAGGGAGAAGGGUUUUGUGAAACUAAAAAACGAAACCAAGAAAUCAGGCCCAAAACCCUUAACUCCCACCCUAGGUUGCUCGGCUGUCCUCAAUGCACACUCCUACCCAAGGUGAAUGAAACUUUUAAUUUUGUUUUGAAACUGAGCUCGAUGGGGUUUCCCCUAAGUGACGCUAGGUAUGAUCCUAGCAUGUAUGGCGGCCAUCUUAUCGAUGGCCUUGCUCUAUAAGAUGAGACAUGAUCCUUAUAUCAAUGGUUACAGAUGUAAUUAAUUUGGAACAAAAUGAAACUUUAGACAUUAUUUGAAUGGAUUUUAAUUUGUGAAGAGAUGGAGAGAAAAACUUUUGGAUUUGGCAUUUGAUUAUCGCACUUGAAAAUAGUUCAUCUGGAUGACCCAUGUACUUGGACCUUUCAAUAAAAAAACGUAUUGAAAAGCA